CUUCCCUCCUCUAGGGAGAUCCCGGGAACAGAGGUGACAAAGGACCUCCCGGUGGGAAGGGCCAGCCGGGCGACCCUGGAAUCCCUGGUCACAAAGGCCUCACGGGCCUGAUGGGCCCCCAAGGACCGCCCGGGGAGAAUGGAGUGGCCGGGCCCCCAGGGCCUCCGGGCCAGCCAGGAUUUCCAGGACUCAGGGGGGAGUCCCCCUCCGUGGACACGCUGCGACGGCUCAUCCAAGAGGAGCUCGAGAAACAGCUGGAAACCAGACUCGCCUACCUCCUGGCCCAGAGGCCGCCGGUGCACAUGAAGUCAUCCCAAGGCCGACCCGGGCCCCCGGGGCCCCCGGGAAAAGAUGGGCUUCCAGGCCGAGCAGGCCCCGUGGGGGAGCCAGGACGGCCCGGGCAGGGGGGUCUGGAAGGACCCUCUGGACCCAUGGGUCCCAAAGGUGAGUGAGGACCCAGAGGAGCCACCGGUGGCAUGGAGGAGGGCUGGAGGGAGCACCCCUAGCCGAGUGUGCAUAACUGGUCCCACUCCCUGCCACCAGCUUAGUCUCACUCUGGGUUUUGGCAUCAAGUGAUGUUUUCAUCUGUACUGGAGGUUUUCA